ACAGCGGACGGCAUUCCUCCACCGCCUGCGCCCUGUGUUGCUCUCCGCCGCGUGGCUGCAGUCCGUGGAUAACAUGUACAUGCCCACGCAAACUUGAGCAGCUGGAGUCCUUCUGACUAACGCUACCGUAGUUUAGUCUACAUGGUGGGAAACGUGUGCUUAAUUGGACACAAAACAAUCUGGUUAGAGUCUCAAGAUAGAAGGGGAGGUCAGCUCUUGGAGAGGUAGUUGUGCCGUCUUUGCUGGAUUUGUGCCGGAGCGCAGCGCCUGAGAUACAAGCGUACUUUCUCUGAAGAGACUUCAACACUGGUCCGACGGGAAGCCAACAACAAUCAGCACUGAGGACGUACACCACUGUCUGAUUGUUACUUAUUUCACUGCAAGGAAUUUUCUGGGGUCUUGUUCGCGCUACUUCAGGGAUAAAUGAUCACCUCAACCAGAAGAGUGUCUCCUGAUAAAUCUGAAGUUAGAAUCGCCUUCAGCCUCGAUGACACAUCAGAUGUAAAAGAUGUGGAGGACAUCUCUCAGACUUUCCCGGAUCUAGAGCAACGAUUACAGCCAGUGCCACCUUGUGUUUCUCUGAGAGAGAGCGUUCAGGUGUACAAGGAGCACUGCAGGAUGGCCAGAGAGUUCCAUCAGGUCAAACACGAGAUUGCUGUGCUGGAGGACCGCAAGCGAAAGUUGCUGGCAGAGCUGGUGGAGGAUGAGAAGGUUGCCAUGGAGAUCGCCCGUCUAGAGGAGGAGUUUCGGCGUCUAACAGAGGAGAACCGAACCUUGGUGACUGUCCACAACGAGCGCGCUCAGCAGCUGGAGAGGCUGUGCCCGACCGGUCGAACGAGGCAAGACUCCUCGUGACCUCUGACCUCCACAGAACCUGAGACCACCUGACUUUUAGCUGACACCAGGCCAGGAAACCCAACCAAAAGGCUCAGCUAGUGCUCAUUUUACACAACUGCAGUCUGUGAAUCAGCUAAUUACACAGAAAGGUGCUGUGUUUAUUCGUGUCUGAGUCAUUCGCUUGAACCACAGUCGUUUGCAGACGUCAUCAUCGUGAAGUUGUUAGUGAUUCUACAGAGCUAUGAAACAGUGCAACUUCUUAGGGUGCUGUUUUGUUUUUAUGUGAUCUUGCGGAGCCUUCGUGGUCGCUAUUGCAAUACCUAACACGUUAUAUUCAUCCAGUGUCAGCUGUAGGAAUGUGACCAGAUAUUUUGAUGUUUGUCUCAGGUCCUGUGGAGACUCGAAUCUUUUACCUGAGGUCUGUCGAGCUAGCCAGAGGUGGUAUGACGCGGUCCAAAUGUUGUGUUUUAUCGAGUGUUUUAACCUCCUCUCCCUCUCUCCCACCCCAGCACACAGAUGAGUGUUUAACACAGUGUCUGGGAUCUGGAAAUUAUAACCGUUUGUGAGGAACACAAAAAGAAGAAGGGUGAUUAUCCAUUUCACAGUAUCUGCUGCGACACAACACUGUAAGAGUUGUACAUUUUUUUUGGUUUUUUUCUGAUGUAGUGAAAGUAGUGUAGUGUGUACGUGUAGACAGGGAACUAUAUGACAAGAUAAACUGUAGCUUAUUGUCCUCAUCUAAUAAUAAAAUGCAUUUGAUUUUAACGCCA